AGAGAGAGAGAGGAAAAAGACAGAGCUAGUAUUAGCAGCUGCUCUACGACCUCUGCGACUAGACGAGGCGGCAACAAAGACAACGUAUCGACGACGCUGGACUAGCAGUAGACAACUGUGACACGACUAUUCUACCUUCGCUCGCGAUAGUGCAGCAUUGGCAGUGCGCGCGCGUACCUCGGGCUAUUCGCUCGAUGCGGCUUGCCGAGCGCCGCCGAGGCUCGGUUACUGCUCCUCCUGGUCAAGUGCCCCGUUAACCACCCGUAGUAGCCCUUAACGUAGCCAAAAGCAGCUACGUCAUCAAUAUUGCGGGCAAAAGCGGUGGGUCCCCGGACCCCGGUCACGGCUCCAUUACGGAUUUCCUCAGGCGCUCGUUCCGGCGCUCCGGCAGGAUCGGACCCCACGGCCAACGUCGUGCCGCGACUAUGUACGUCGUCGAAGCGCCGAGCUCGAAGAUAGUCGUUGGUUCCUGCCAGCAGCAGUCGACGCAGCCCCGACUCUCAAAUUACUCCGGCAACCAGCACCACCGUCACCACAACCAUCAUCACAAUCACCACCACAAUCAUCACCAGCACCAGGAGGGCCGUACGCGCCGACUCGACCCCAACGGCAACUACGGCAAGCCCAAAAACAUCAACGGCAUCAAUAACAUUAACAAUACCAACAACAACAACAACAACAACAGCAGUAGUGGUAAUCGAACGGACUCGCCGGGGCCCGAUCGAGGCAGCUCCGGGGGCAGUGCGCACAUCGCCGCAACCGUAAAGAACACGGUGCGCCGACUCCUCAGGCGCACCAAAAGUCACCGCGAGGGCCCGACCGUCGCAGCGACGACAACGACAACGACAACGACAACGACAACGACGACGACCCCAAGUCCCGUGACACAGUCGCGGGUCGGGCCCACUCUUCCCCAAGCCGUCGGCGUACCCUCGACUCCGAGGAAAUCGGAGCCCCGGAGGGCAGCGAGACUGGCUCCAACGAGGGAGUCCGUGAGGGAGGGCCCGCGAUACGCGAGGACCAAACUGCACCACCAGAAUGAUGGUGUCGGCGGUGGCGUCGUCGUCGGGCUCCCGGGCUCUGGGGCCGUCCGGCUCUCCUCCAGGAGUCGGGCCCUCGAGGAACCGCACAUCGGCAAAUACAGGCUCCUCAAGACCAUCGGCAAGGGCAAUUUCGCCAAGGUCAAACUUGCCAAGCACACGCCCACGGGCAAGGAGGUCGCCAUCAAGAUCAUCGACAAAACCCAACUCAACCCCGUCAGUCUGCAAAAGCUGUUCCGUGAGGUCAGGAUAAUGAAGAUGCUGGACCACCCGAACAUCGUAAAGCUUUUCCAGGUAAUUGAGACGGACAAAACGCUGUACCUGGUGAUGGAGUAUGCGAGCGGCGGCGAGGUCUUCGAUUACCUCGUGCUGCACGGACGCAUGAAGGAAAAGGAAGCGCGGGCCAAAUUCAGGCAGAUCGUCUCCGCGGUGCAAUACUGCCAUCAGAAGAAAAUCAUACACAGGGAUCUGAAAGCCGAGAACCUGUUACUCGACAGUGAGAUGAAUAUUAAGAUAGCGGACUUUGGCUUCAGCAACGAGUUCACACCCGGCGAUAAGCUCGACACCUUUUGCGGUUCGCCACCUUAUGCCGCGCCCGAACUCUUUCAAGGUAAAAAGUACGAUGGUCCUGAGGUCGACGUUUGGUCACUUGGCGUGAUACUCUAUACUCUCGUAUCCGGCUCACUGCCCUUCGACGGCUCGACACUUCGGGAGCUACGCGAGAGGGUACUUAGGGGCAAAUAUAGAAUCCCUUUCUAUAUGUCAACGGACUGUGAGAAUCUACUUAAGAAAUUUUUGGUGCUCAACCCUACGAAACGGGCCUCAUUAGAGGUACGUGGCGAUAAGAAUAUAAUGAAAGAUAAGUGGAUGAACAUGGGCUACGAAGAUGACGAAUUAAAACCGUACGUAGAACCGGAGCCCGAUUACAAAGAUCACAAGAGGAUAGGUGAGUCUGCCAAAAUACUAGCAAAUAUGGGCUACACGCGAACUGAAAUCGAAGACUCUUUAGGACAGGCGAAAUACGACGAUAUAUUCGCCACGUACUUGCUGCUCGGCAGAAAAACAAUAGACCCGGAAAGCGACGGUUCAAGAUCAGGAAGCUCCUUGUCGUUGCGUAACAUUCCACCGCAGGUUGGCUCAGGCGGGGGCGGAGGAAGUGGCGCCGUCACGGGAGGAGCUGUGCAGAGUCCCUCGCACAGAAGCGUACAUCGCAGCAUCUCGGCAAGCAAUCCCAAACCCAACAGACGAGCCUCGUCUGGCGGUGAAACGCUUCGAGGAGCUCCAAGUCCAGGUAAUACAACGAACCACAAUCAUUCUACUGCUGUGACCGGUGGAACGGUUGCUGGAAGUGGCGUUAGUAAUUUCAAACGACAGAAUACCGUGGAUGCAGCGACAAUUAAAGAAAAUACCGCUCGAGCAGCUCGUGAAUCUGCUCGACCUUCCGCGACCAAAAAUAGCCCUGGACAACUUGACACUAUGACAAUGUUCAUUCUAGGCGUCGGUACGAGUCCUGGCGGUAAGACGAGAGUUGGCAAGAGCAACACGAUGAAUACUGGAGUCACAGGCAUUAGAUCGACCAUAACACCAACUCCUGGUUCUAUCGGUCGUCGAAGUACUAUAUCGUACGACCAGGCUAAAACUUCUUCUGCAUCUACUGAAAGAACGAACGAUGUUCCCAGCCUUGUCGAGGGCGCUAGACCGACACGGGGACAUACAAAAUCGGCGAGCAUCAGCGCGGGCCACCGAGCCCUGGGUCCCGGCGAUCAUGCACUCCUGGAUCAUCCUCAGCCACGCAACGCCCUACUCGUCACUGCUGAUCCUCUCAGGCAGAGCUUGGUUGUUACUCCAAGUAAUAGAUUGGCAACAACAACAACGCCUGCAUUUCCAAGGAACGUCCCGAGUCGUAGUACCUUCCAUUCUGGCCAAACUAGAGUACAGAGAAACCAUACUCAGGGUCACACACAUACGCAGGAUACGAGUGCGAUAAGCCCGUUGGCAAGGCCGUCCUUCUUUUCCAAGCUUUCCUCAAGGUUUUCCAAGCGCCCCAUGGACCCAUCCGUAUCCCCAAAGCACCCAGUAGUGAGUGGUGCGACGACCAACGAUGAACAAGUAAAACCACGUAGUCUGCGUUUCACGUGGAGUAUGAAAACAACGAGCAGUAGAGAUCCUUUAGAAAUCAUGUCUGAAAUAAGAAAGGUGCUGGACGCGAACGAGUGCCAGUACGAGCAGCUGGAGCGAUUUCUACUGCUGUGCGCCCACGGCGACCCGGCGACCGAUAGCCAGGUGCAAUGGGAGAUCGAGGUCUGCAAGCUGCCGCGGCUCUCGCUGAAUGGAGUGCGCUUCAAGCGCAUCUCCGGCACUUCGAUCGGCUUCAAAAACAUUGCCAGCAAAAUCGCCAACGAGCUCAAGCUGUGACUACCGGCCGCGGGUGCGCUUGC